AUGGCUACGACCCAAGAGGGUUCGCCCGGCGAAAUCAAACUUGCCGUGGAAGCACACGUAAAAUACAUACAAAGCUUGGACACGCACAAGGAUGAUUACAACUACUGGCUGACCGAACAUUUGAGGCUGAACGGGGUGUACUGGGGCUUGACUGCUCUCCAUCUCCUCGGUCGACCGGACGCUUUGCCCAGAGCAGAAACUAUAGAUUUCGUGCUCUCUUGCCAGCACGAGAACGGCGGCUUUGGUGCCGCACCUGGCCACGAUGCCCAUAUGCUCUCCACCGUCAGUGCGGUUCAGAUCCUCGUGAUGAUUGACGCUAUAGGUGACCUAGAGGAGCGCGGUAAAGGCGUGGCGAAAGUCGGAAAUUUCAUUGCCAACCUCCAAGACCGUGAAACAGGCACCUUUGCCGGCGAUGAGUGGGGCGAAAAGGACACUCGCUUCUUGUACGAUGUAGACAAGGCUGUUCAGCACGUCGCAGCCUGCGCCAACUUUGACGGCGGUUAUGGCGUCGGUCCAGGAGACGAAUCGCACUCUGGCCAAAUCUUCACCUGCGUCGGGGCGCUUUGUAUAGCAGACCGCCUGGACCUCGUCGACAAGGACAAGCUAGGCCGGUGGUUAAGCGAACGGCAGCUACCUUCUGGCGGCCUCAACGGCCGGCCUGAAAAGGCGGAGGAUGUGUGCUAUAGUUGGUGGGUGCUCAGCAGCCUCGAGAUGGUUGGCCGCACGCACUGGAUUGAUCGCCAGAAACUGGUCGACUUCAUCCUGCGCUGCCAGGAUCCUGAGAGAGGCGGUAUCUCGGACAGGCCUGGGGAUAUGGUUGAUCGCAUCUUCAUGAACAAUGUCAUCACCAACUCCAUCAUCACCCCUUACCGCAUACGACCGUACUUGAUCGUCGCCAGUCAUGACCGCCUCUUCUACACGAAUGGUAGGGUCCUCCGGAGUACCUCCCGCUCCACCAAGAACCAAGAUCUAAGUCUCGGUCCAGGAACCAGUCCAUCCCAGUCGGGUGAAUGGACGGCAACCGUGGGGCUCCAUCUCAACCGGGGCAACUCCAACUCUGCCAAUACUGAGUCUGUCACAGCCCAAGCUUCUGCGAAGGGAAGUACAUAUGACCUUGCGCCUGCCGCACCCAUAGCCCAGGCCCCCACUGCAGACAUGGGAACAGACUUCGACUUUGAAGGAGACUUUACCUCCCAGCUUAAUUCCGAGGUGCCCGAUGGCGAAAUUGGAAAUGAGAUGCUGAUGAACCAGUUUAACGGUCCUUCCUUCGAACAUGGCCAACAAGGCUACUUUAUGACAUCGGGCCACCCAAGCCACCAUGGCCAAGGAAACACUGCAACAGCUCCUUCCCUAAUGCCAGCUCCCGCAGGGAGUUUCUUAAUGACUGACGCGCCUGCCUCGCGAGACAUGUAUACUGGGGAAUGGAACGCCGUCACUCCUUCCGCAACAGGGUUCCAGGAGAACCAGCAGGGAUACUUUUCCCACGGUCAAAACCUUUCCUGGGGCCAGGUCGUGACUUACCCCCAGUAUGCCUACAGCUUCCCACUUCACUCUCCAAACCUCGUCGGAAGUUUCGUUGAUUUCCAAACUCAGCCCCAGCAGCACCAUCCCUUCCAUCAAAACCAAGGGCAAAGUUUUGAGGUGCCUCCUGCUCCCUUGAAUCAGGGCGUUGAUUUGAACGGAGACUCUGAUUCCGAUAUGUCGAAGCAAGGAAGAACCGCUUUGCCCAUGUCGCCUCUUAAACCUGGCAAGAAGGCUCGUGCUGGAAAGAACAAGGGUGACCAAACUGACGAGGCGAGUGGUGCAUCGGGAUCGGGAACUGCCAAGCAAGAGGCUGCAAUUCCUAUUCCCCUGAUUUGCACAGCCUGUCCCAAUACGGGAACGUUUUCCGAUGUGUCUCAUCUCUUGACGCAUGUUAGCUCAAAGGGACAUCUUGGCCAUGUCCGCAAGCUCGAACUUCGAGCCCUUACUGACGAGGGUGCAAAGUUGACCCUUACUACUUAUAACAAGUGGGAAGAAGAUUAUGACAUCAGAAAUCUCCUUGCCCAGCGUCUCGCCCAGCGCGAGAUUCGUGACGAGAAGAAACGCAAGGCCCAAGAAGCACUUAACAAGAAGACCAAGGCCAAGGGCGGUCCUAAGACGAAGAACGACGACGACGCUGAAACGGCCGUGCCUAAGAAGAAGGUGCAGACGCGGGGAAAGGCCUCGGGCUCUAGCUCUGCUGCUGGAGCGGGCUGUCUUGUCGAGGAUGAAGAUUUUGAUGAUGGUCCUAAGCUCAAAGGCAAGGUUUACCCUGGAAUGCGAGCUUUUGAUUCAGCCACCCCUGAGCAGAAACGUCUCCGCAACCAGCGUAAGGACACAACCAUCACUUCCCAGCUCCUUGCCGCAUCUUUGGCCGUCCAGCCCAUUGAGCACGUGUAUGGUCCUGGUUUCCCCUUGAGGUCCUUCGGACUCGUAAUGUUUAUGACCCCCUCGCCUCCCCCAGGCAGCCCAACUCCCUCUCCGGAGGAUCUUCUAGACUCUAGCCUGAACCCAGAAGAGGACGACUCUUUCGAGGGAGCUGAGUCGGACUGCGGGGCGGAGGACCCUGAUCAAGGCCCCCAGGACUGUCAGUAA